AUGGGCACAACUGUAAGUAGCAAUAGGGUUAGGAGAAUGAGUCCAAUUCGACCAAAGCCAACAAUAGAUCCAUUGAAAACGCAGCCUGUGCGACCUUCAUCAAAUAUCAUAAAACCAAAUAAUCAGCAGACGAAGGCAGAAAAGGAAGAAAAACUUAAAUGGCCCGGACCACCAUCUCCACCCAGAGAAAAAUUUGUGCAUCCUUUGCCUGAAGAUGAUAAGCAGUAUGCAUUUAAAAAAUCAUAUCCAGUUAAGCUAUUACCAGGAUCCGAGGAGCGUCCAAUGAUAGAAACCAAACAAAAAUCUAACUCUCAAAAAGAGACUAGUACUACCCAUUCGAAUUCCGCCUAUUCCAGUGUUCACGAUUCAGCUCAUGUUCAAUCGAUUUUGAAGAGUCAAUCGCAUUCAUGCGUUAAUUUAUCGACAAAUGAAGAAAUAGUAAGACUCAAGACUCGUCUGGGAGAAGUUCCUAGAAAACUUGACACGAAUGUCAAAGAGUGUCUUGAAGUUGUAACAAAAGAGCUACAAGAGAUUAUCGAACAAAUCAACAAAGACACAAAUAAUGUACAACAAACUCUGUUGUUAUAUGCAAGGAAACAACAGUCAGCACAGGACGAGUUAUAUCGAAUAUGGCUUCAAUAUUAUAUUGCAGAAUUGGAUGAUUGGAAAUCGAGACAUUUAGCCGAUUUGCAAGCGCAACUAUAUGUGCACCAGGAUAAAAUAACCAGAAACUCGCAGAGAAGAAUCUCAUUUGUGAGUCAUAAAGCGAACGAAAUCAAGAUGCAAAUCUUGAGAGAACUGCAAGAACAAGCAUCACGUGAAAUGAACGACUUAUUGAUGCAAAUUGAAUUACUCUCACGUGAAACAACUCAACAUCUAGGUAGUGAGACAAUGACGAAUAUCAAUUUAACAAUACAAUCAAAUGUCGGCACAAAACUGCCUGGACAACAAUCUAAAUUUGAUUUUACUUAG